AUGCAAGCACAAGAUCGGGCACAUCGUAUUGGGCAAUCACGUGAAGUGCGUGUUCUGCGUCUGCUAACAGUGAACAGCAUUGAGGAGAAGAUCUUGGCUGCGGCACGUUAUAAGCUGAAUGUGGAUGAGAAGGUCAUUCAAGCGGGCAAAUUUGAUCAGCGCUCCACCGGCGCUGAACGUCGACAAAUGCUUGAACAAAUCAUCCGCGCGCAAAGUGAGGAUGAUGAUGAGGAUGAGGUGCCGGACGAUGAAACAAUCAAUCAGAUGAUUGCUCGGUCAGAAGAAGAAUUCGAUCUGUUCCAGGUACAUUGCUUGUUAUUUUUUGUGAAUCUGUCUUUAACAUGUUGA